AAUAAAAAUGGCUUCAAUUAUACGUGCAGUGUAAAUUUUAAGAAAAAAUUUUAAUUCUUUUUUUAAUUAACAUCCAACAAAUAUUUUAAGAAAACUUUUUGUUAAAAUAACAAAUUUAAUAUACAAGAAUCAUUAAGUGAAUAUUAGAUUAAAGUGAAAUGUUAAACUUUACACAAUAAAUGAAAAAGAAAAUUUUGCAAAAUGUAAAAGUACCACACAACCAUAAAAAGUGGAAAAAUAUGAUGAAGAAAACGUAUUGUAAGAAGAAGAAUUUGUACGUACUACGUAUUGUUCAAUGGGAAUAAAAGGAAACAUUUUUAUACCCUUUUGGAAACCAUAGGUUGAAUAAUUUCACAAAAUCUUCGCGAAAAAAUUACUUUUGUAUUGAAACAAUAUAAUAAAAUUGAGAAAAAUGUGAAAAUAAUAACAUAAAAAUUGCGCCAAUAAGUAAAAAAUAAAGUACAUGAGAAAAAUAUAUAAGCAGAGCUGUAUUUUGUAUGGUUCAUAAAAGAAAUAAAUACCAACAAACAUUAAAAAAUCUCAGUUAUGAAUGAAAGACUAAUUCUCCCAAUGUAAUGGAAAGUUAUAAUAAAAAGACAUUAAAUAGACAAAGAUAUAACCGAAACAUAGAAAUAUAAAUAUAAGAAAACCAAAUAAUAUACAAGUUGCAAUAUGUCACGUUGGGGUAAAAAUAUUGUGGUACCCCUGGAUAUCACCAAGGAAAGUGCCAAUCGUCCAACGGUGGCUCGUUCAAUGGGUACAAUGGGCAAAUGGGGAAAAAUGGGUUUCACCUCUACUCGCACAUACACAAUGUCAGUGAUACCAGCAGCAGUAGCAGCCGCUGCUGCCGCUGUGACAGCUAAUAGUCCCCAAGAAAGUCCGGCCUCACACAAAGAAGAUGAUCAGUCAUCAUCUGCUCUGGAGCCACCAAAACCAAGAAAAUUCUUCAAAUCUCGCAUCUCUACACCUCCAGAAGUUAUAGCACAAAUAAUGCAGCAAAUACCACGUCAAUCGACAUCACCUAUACGAGACACAUCCACAACAAUACCAUCCAUUUUAACAACACCUGUACGAGAACCAAUUAAAAUGAAAAUUCCAAAAAAUUCCGCAGAGCGGAAGAAAAAAUUACCUAAAAAGAAAACGCCUAAAAAAUCUCUGGAAGCCGGAGAAGACGAACGUACCGAAACAACUGGCGAACCUGAAACUUCGCCAGAGCCAAAGUCGACGAAAAAGAAAAAACCAGAGAAAGAACUUAAACCUGAAGCACCACCAUCUCGUGUACUAGGCCGUGCUCGUAAAGCUGUGAACUAUUGUGAGCAGGAUGAUGAUGACCGUACGCCGACACCAAUAAGGGACAUUAUAGUACAGAAAGAUAAAAAGGUCGAAAAACUGCUGGAGGGUCAAGAAACACCUCCGCCUACCCCUGCUCAUAAAAUUGAUGAUGUCUAUGAUGCUUGUGAUAUACCAGAACUUCAACAACCACAAUUACCGCCACCAGCAGCACCACAACAAAUGCCACCAUCAAUAGCCGCCAGCCAAGUAAAUAGUGCAGCAUCUAAAACUCCGGAGCAUCCUCCCAUUGUUUUAAGAAUAUCUAAGGGUACAUCCCGCUUGGUUAGUACCGAUAGUGAAGAACAGCAGCCGAACGCUUCAUGUACGCCACCAUCCCAACACUCUGAAAUAACAGCUAACGAUACCCAGUCUACACUACCCUCUGUAAGUAAAUCAAGACAAACUUCAGUGGAGGAGACAACGGCUCCGACUGUGCUAACAACACCGAAGAUUAUUGUAAAACCUCCGAAACCUCCCUCGCCUAAGCCGCCGACACCACCUGUCAACGAACAAGAGCAAGAGGAGGAAGAAGAGGAGGAGGAGGAAGAAAGUGAAGAGGAGGAAGUGGUAGAGCCACCAGAAAUCAACUAUUGUACGGUAAAAAUAUCACCUGACAAACCGCCAAAGGAACGAUUAAAAUUGAUAAUCAAAACUGAUGUCAUACGCAAUGCUCUAGCUGCGGCCGCCGCUGCAGCUGCUGCCAAAGCAAAAAAGGCAAAACAAGCCGCCUCAGGCAUUGCUGGUUCAGAGCGUCCGGAAAAGGAGAAAAAGAAGAGUAAAAAACACAAACAUUUAAAACACGCAGCCGUCGAACAAUUAAUAGCACCCCCACAAAAUUUGGCCGCUGAGUUUAAAACACCCUCGCCUCACUUAUCCUUAAGCCAGAUCAGCACAAACGACCCUCCUCUAGUGGCACCUCAACUACAAACACCAGCCGCAUCGGUUUCAAUGGCCACUAGAACCGUGAUAUCUCCACCCACGCUAUCGGAAAAGGAUUUCGAUUCACAGUCCUCAGUUUUGGGUAGUAUUUCAUCAAAAGGCAAUAGCACACCACUGGCAGGCUUACAGCCAGCUGCUGAAGAAAGUUGUGUGAUACACAGUAGAGGAUCUAGUGUCAUAACUAGUGAUCUGGAGACAAGCCAACAUUCUUCCCUGGUCGCACCACCCUCUGACAUAGAAUUAAGAUUGGAAUCGAUGAUGAUGGAUGGCGAAAAUAGUCAACAACAAAUUGCUUCUAGCACUUUCGUGGAAGCAGAACCUCUCCAGGAAGACAUAUUGGCUGUAUUACGAGGAGACGAAACGACAGCCAUGGAAGUAGAAGAAGUUGAACAGCCGGACAACAUUAAAGAAAAUGGUAUUACCACCACGGAAGAAACAAUAGAACCUUCAACAGCAACAGCUCCCGUGGAAGCAAAUCUAACAGCCACAACCACGAAUACGAAUACCAGUAGAACGGGUAAACGACCAACGCGUGGCCGAAAUAAAACUAGUUACGCCGAGCCUACAGAAGUAGAGGAAACUGCCGCUGCUGCUGUUCCUCUGCAAACGCCCCGAACAAGGGGAAGAAAACCUGCAGCUCCGCUACAACAAACGCCCAUUGAGGAGGCAAAUGUGCAGCCACAAAAACGUACAACGAGAAGAGGUAGAGGCAAAGUCGAAGACACCACGAACGCUGCAAACGUAGAUGCUGUAGAACAAACGCCCAAUAUCAUUUUGGAAGAAUCUUCCCCCAAUAAGUCUGAAGAGGAAAACAAUCCAACACCGGUGGCUAUUGUGACUACAGCCAGGAGAGGUAGACCGCCACGCAAUAAUGCCAACAACAGCAAUACCACAAAUCUCAACAACAAUAAUAUCAAUAAAAUCGCCGCCAAUCUUACAGCUAAGGUCAAUCAACAAGAAAUACAAAAACUUUCCCCUUCAGAUUCAACCACAACGCCUUCCACACAACGUAGUUAUAGUCGUAAGCGUAAAAAUCAACAGGUUACACAAGUCUUGCAGCCCUCCAGCCAAACGGAUGAACUGGAAGAACACCAACAACCCACACCCGCCAAACAACCCAACUUGGAUUUGCCUUCUAACGAUAACACUGAUACUCAAAUAACUCCCCUGCAGCCGUACAAUGAUAAUCGCCUAACACCUUCUAUCGAUCUGCAAGAAAAUUCCGUAGACUCUUCGUCACUACAAAGACCGGAGAGUAGUUUGGAUAAUCCCUCAUCAUCAUCUCCGCCUCCCAGAAGAGACUACAAGAUCAAGGACAAAUUCAAAAGAACCCUUACCCUGGACACCCAGGUCAAUAAUGCUGUGGUAAUAAAUAAAUCAAAUACAGACUCCUCGUCGACAAGCAAUAAUCCCUCAGUCUCUGUGCCUGAGCCGGUGAAACUAGUGAUAUCGAAAAAGAAAGGCAGCAUAUUUAAGAGUCGAGUUCCGUCGGAACAAACUGAUCAGGCUGGCAAGCGACAUCUCUACAAACACAGAUGGGAUGCCACGGCCAACGGAGAUGCCAACAGCGAGGGCAACACACCACCAAGCAAUACUCAGAACAAGGCUCCCGAAACCAAGGCUACAAACGCCACUGUCGAAGCCAUUUUCAAUGAUUUCAAUAGUGACGAAACACGCAGCAGUCCAGUACCUUCCCACAAGAUGACCCGUGUAAUUAAGGCGAAUCCUCAAGCGUAUCCCUCAUCAUCAUCGGCCUUUGAUAUGGACGACAAUGACAACGCAGCCGACACCAUAACCUCCAUACGAAUAAAUCGCAAAGCAAAGGACUACUACACAGUGGUGCGCAACGUAAAGACGGCCCAUCAAAUUCAGGAGAUAGGCGAAUACCAAGAAAUGGACGAUGACGUUGAAUACAUAUUGGAUGCCCUACAACCUCACAAUCCCAUGUACACGCGCUGUCUGUCGGCAUUGCAACUGGCUACCAAAUGCAUGGUACCGGCAUUUCGUAUGCAUGUACGAGCUCAUGGUGUGGUAACGAAAUUCUUCAAGGCCCUGUCAGAUGCCAACCGUGAUUUGUCAUUGGGUCUUUGCACCACAGCCAUUAUGUAUAUUCUCUCUCAAGAAGGCCUUAACAUGGAUUUGGAUCGCGAUUCUUUAGAAUUAAUGAUGAAUCUCCUGGAAUCCGAACAAACAGUGGCAGCACCCGCCGAUCAAGCCAACUACGAACGAAAUAAGCAGCGAGUGAGGGAAUUGUGCGAAGAAAUCAAGGUCCAGGGCAAAGCAACUCAUCUCAAUGUCGACAGCAUCACCGUGGGUACCUUAGCUAUGGAGACCUUACUAUCACUCACCUCCAAACGAGCCGGCGACUGGUUCAAGGAAGAAUUACGUGAGAUGGGCGGUCUGGAGCACAUUAUCAAAACGAUCAACGAUUGCUGUCGACCGGUAAUCGAUAAUGUUUAUAGUGCAACUGGCAUUAACUGGACACGUCCCUUGCUGGACAACAUGCAGACAGUGGAAAGAUGUUUGCGCGUCUUGGAGAACGUCACACAACUGAAUGAGGAGAAUCAACGAUAUAUUUUGAUUUACAAUAAUGGCUCCGUGGCAAACACUCUCUGCUCUCUGUACUCGCUCUGUGAUCGUGAAUUGAUAUUGUAUCCUACAUCGGAGUUCACUUCACGCGACAAUCCUGGCAUUGUUAUACGUGAACUGCUCAUACCGUUAAUGAAGGUUCUCAUAAGUCUGACGCAUCCGUUUAGUGCCUCCCAAGCGUUAGGCGCCGAAUUGGUGGGUCAAAAGCCCGAUGUUAUAGACACUAGUUUCCAUUUGUUAUUAAAGGCACCCAACUACAUUCCGGAUCGCUGUGUAUUUGAAUUGAGCAUAUUGUCGCUCCUGCUACUAAUCAAUUUAACAAUAUAUACAACACAAAAUCGUGCACGAAUCAUGAAGACCUAUGCUCCAAGCGAUUUCAAUUUAAAUCAUCAUGAUACUUCACAACCUAGAGAAACUGCCAUAUCAGCUGUUAUGGCCUAUUUCUAUAAAUGUGAAGAAUUGGCGAGAUUGGUGGAAAAGAAUACCGAUGCCUUUUUGGAUAAUCAAGAGAAAAACAAAAAGAAACAGGAGGAAGUUGAUGAAACUGUAAAUAAUUUACUACAAAAAGCUGGUCAUCAUAUGGAACAUUCGCUAAAGGGCAGUUACACGGCCAUCUUAGUGGGACAUCUUAUCACCGACAAUGAACAGUACGAAGCCAUUGUUCGUUCACAUUUGAUUGGGAAUGGUUUCAAAGAAAUCAUCAGUGUUUUGGAGAAAUAUUAUAAUUUCAUGAAUUUAACGGCCAGUGCUGAAGCAUCCGUUGUGGCGCAUAAGAAAUCAACCAAAAAUUUAUUAGAUUAUUUCAAGAAACGCGAUUUACUUUAUGAAAUGAAUGCCGAUGAUAAUACGUUGCCCUUAAAUUUAGAAACUACCCAUCACCAUCAAACCAACGACGAAGAACAAUCACAAAUCCAUAUCGCCUCAACCUCAUCAUCUGCAAAUAGCACGGCAACAAACCAAAGGGUUUACAAGACAUAUAGUCAAAGAUAAGAUGAACUUAUUUAAAAAAACAAAUUAAGAGUUUUUUUUAUAUAAUUUUAUUGUUUUUAUUUUUUAGUUUUAUUUUGUUUAUUUUAUAGAGAACCAGAAAAAUAACACAAGUGUAAUAUUUGUUUAUAGGCUUUUUUUAGCUUAAUAUUAAUAUAUUGUAUAUGUAUAGAAAUCUACAGAUCAAAAAACAAAAAGAAAAAAAAAAUAAUUCAAAUUGCUUUUAUUAGUUUUAUUUAUAAUUUACUUUAUUAUUAACCUCACUAUUACAACCCACUCACAUUCAUCAUUACCAUCCAUUAAAUCAAUAUUUGAUCAAAAGAAUAUCCUUAAUAACAAAUAUAGCUGACAAAAAACCUAAAUAAUAUUAAACAUCCUCCACCCCACUUAACUUUUACAAUUAACAAUUUAAAAUGUAAUUUCUUUUGUUUUUAUUUUAAUAGAUUUUAUUAUAGUCUACUCUAUUUUAUAUGAAAAGUCUAAAAAUAUAUUUAAAACAACUCAAAACUAUUUUAUUUUUGUCGGACUUUAAAGCACAAUUUUGAAAAAUUAUAAAUAUGUAAACAUUAAAAUUUCCUUUUCUUUUAGUCUAAAGAUUUAUGUUUAACAUUGUAAAUAAUUAACUAAUAGUAGUAAUAUAAAUGGCUUAGAAAAUAAAUGUAACAAAAAACGGUUUUUUAUAAAUAUUUUCAGUCUUCAAAAGCCUUCUUUCUGUCCUUUUGCCCAACAAAAUGUUUAUAUACUAUCAAAAAUGUGUUACACAUUUAUUUAUAUUUUUGUUUCUUAUCUUUCAGAGUCGUUCAUUGUCUUUGUUUUAUUUCUUCCCGUUUCUAAUAAAUAAUUUGUAAUUAAUUAAAUUAUUAUUAAGAUAUGCAUAUAAAUAUUAUUAUAUAUAAACAUGAAAAAUAACAAUGAAAUAGUAGCUUAGUUUGUUUUUGCUAUCUAUAUAUUUUAUAAAAUUAUAUUAAUUAUAAAUAUAUAUAUAAUACAUAAUUAUAUAAUAAUUUAAAACUAAAUUUUUUUUUAUUUCCUAAUCUCUACCUUAAGAUAUUUUAAAUUAUCGAGAACAAACACAAAAAAUAUCAAUCUUUUGGAAAAAUUUAAACUUUUUCAUAAAAUUAAAAAUAUUUUUGGUAUGUAAAAAAAAAACAAAAAUUAAAUAAUAGUUUAGAAGAACACAUAUUUUCGGGAGCAAAUUCUAUAUUUAUAUUGACAAAAAAGUGAAAAAUUGUGAAAAGAAAAUUGAAAAAAUUAUUGUCGUGAACAAAAUUGUGUAUAUGUGUAAUUAAAUAUAUGUUAAAAAAAGAAAUCAUGUUUGAUUUUGUGUUUUCAGAAUUUAAUGAUAAUGAAAAACUGCAAAUAUUAUGAUUAAAUUAAAAACUGAAGUAUAUAUAUAUAAAAAGUAAAUUGAAGUAUAUAUAUAUACAUAUAUAUUAUUAUUAACUUAAAUUACAAAUGAAAAGUUGUUUAAAUAAACGUAUAAACAUAAAAAAUAUAAA